AUGUCAUCAAGACAGAUUAAUAGCUCCAAUAAAAGCAGCGUUCACAACAUUUCAGUGAUUUCAGCACAACAACGGAGGACUGAAGAAUUGAGCUCAUCAAUAGGCCGUUCAAGUAUUGAAGAAAGAAAAGACAGGAUGGCAAAUUUUACUUACAAUCCUGAUAGAGUUAUCGGUAAUGGAAGUUUUGGGAUGGUCUAUCAAGCAACAAUAGCAGAGACUGGUGAAACUGUCGCAAUAAAAAAAGUAUUCCAAGACCGCCGAUACAAAAACAGAGAACUCCAAAUAAUGAAAGAACUGAAACACCCUAAUUUGGUCUCAUGUCGUCAUGCUUUCUACUCUCCCGGCGAAAAAUCAGAUGAGCUCUAUCUAAAUAUCGUAAUGGAAUACAUUCCAGAAACUCUUUACAGAGUUGUGAAACACUACAAUAAAAUGAAGCAGCCUGUUCCUCUUGUAUUAGUAAAACUUUAUAGUUACCAAAUUUUACGAGCUCUUGCUUACAUCCAUAGCUUAGGAGUUUGUCAUAGAGAUAUCAAGCCUCAAAAUUUAUUAGUCGACACUAAUACUCAUACAGUCACAAUUAAGGUGGUAAUGCUAUUCCCUUGAUUAGACUCAAUGAAGGAGAACUUGGGUUCUUUUGGGAGUUUUAAUAAAUAGAGACAUACUGGAUAGUAGAUCAAGAGUAUUCUUUUAAGAUGGAGGCGAGAGAAAUUAUAUUUCCUGUAAAAGGCUUUGGAAAACAGAAGAAGAAGCUAUUUGAGAGUUAUCUUACUAACUAACUCACUAAAUAAAUAAAUAACUCAUACAGUCAAACUUUGUGAUUUUGGGUCAGCUAAAAAACUGGUACAAGGAGAACCAAAUGUGUCAUAUAUUUGUUCGAGAUACUAUAGGGCCCCAGAGCUUAUUUUUGGGGCAACGGAUUAUACUGGAGCAAUUGAUGUAUGAAGUGCUGGAUGCGUCAUUGCGGAAUUGCUGUUGGGACAGCCUAUAUUUCCAGGGGAAAGUGGGGUGGAUCAGCUUGUGCAGAUAAUAAAAGUGCUUGGCACUCCGACAAAGGAGCAAAUUGAGGAUAUGAAUUCGAAUUAUACAGAAUUUAGGUUUCCUCAGAUUAGAAAACAGCCAUGAAACAGGGUUUUCAGAUCAAGAACUCCGCCAGAAGCAGUUGAUUUUAUUGGAAGUUUGCUGGUUUAUUCUCCAAGUUCGAGACCAAAGCCAUUGGAAGCACUUUUGCAUCCUUUUUUUGAUGAGUUGAGGGACCAAAAUACUACACUUCCUAACGGCGAUAGACUUCCUGAUUUAUUUGGAUGAACAGAAGAAGAAUUAGGGUCAACCACACCAGAAAUCAUUCGUAGGCUGACUCCAAAUUGAUACUCUGAUUCCCAAGAAUAA